AAACGCAAAGGUUCUCCGUUGUUUAAACUUCUUCUCAUCGAUCGGGAGUUAAUGAUGGACUGAUGCAGGAGUUCUUCCCUUGUUUCCUCAGGCUUUGUAGUCAAUGGAAAGAAGCUUUUAAUUUGCCAUCGUGUUGCCGACGCCCCUUUGUUUCUCGAAACGGUGGCAUCAGCAACAACAGCAACUUUGUCACUGACACGUAGGAAGCGAGUCAAGCUUUCAGGGACGGGAUAUUUCCUUUGCAAGCGCAGAUGACGCCUCGGAAGAUCUGUGAAGCCGCUUGGAGUUGCUGCGUCGCAAUCAGCUGGAAAUACACCGCUUUUUCUUGAUCAGUAAGUUUGUGGGAGGCAUCAGGAAAUGAGGAAAGAGGACAAAAAGGUUUAAAGCCGGGGAUGUCACGUGAGAGGACGGGAAGAAAAGAAGAACAGCAAUGGGGCGAGAAAUUUUUUCUUUAUAACUGGUACUUGGGAAGAGCAGUGGCAGCCAGGCAGCUCUUACAGCAGCAACGUUGUCAGUCGAUCUCUUUCAAGCUGCUGGCUGGUGUUGGUGCUGCAUCAUGGGUGUCACUAUGGAGUCAAGUUGGUUGCAAUGCCACCAGUGUUUCGGAGCUUGAGACAAGGACGACUCGGUCAGCCCCGUCCGUGGCAGCCGAAAAACGAGCAGAGAAAAAAAGAAAAAAAAACAAAGAGGAGGAGAAAGAUAUGGAGGAAAAUUUGGUCGCUUGUGAUGAUGAUGAAGCAUCACCAACCUGUGCUAUGACGAUGGGCCUACUUUUACAGGAGAGCGGAGGAGUUACAGCAGAAAGUUUGGUUGUGACACCCCGAAAACGAGCCUCAGCAUCGGCAUCAGCAGCAUUGAGAUCUGCGUUUUUUUGUUUUGGAUUCGUUCGUGUGGAUGGCCCGUCCAAGAAAAGGGGGGUACGCGUUCUUCGUCCUGACUUGGCACGCAACGCAACCGUGACGCUGUUAAUCUCGUUUUGCCUGGAAGGAAGUUCCAGAUUCGUGAUUCGCGACAAACUCUUCAGCACACGCACGCGUGUUUUUUCUCUCUUGGGCAGGAAAAAUGCGCGCUGUUAGAGCCUCUAAGCCGGGAAGUCUGGUCACUCACGCUAGAAACAAGGACCACUUUGCGUGGGCAUGUCACUCUUGGCGAGAGAGGGAUGGUUUUUCCAGGUCGUCGACGAUGUUUCUAUGGCAUGAUCACACGAGGUGAGCGAUCGAUCUCCUUGCUUCACAUCUUUCUCAGAGUUGCGGCUUGGAAGACACUGUCCAUGAAAACAACGCCUCCGUUUACGUGCUAUAUCCAAAGUCUUUGAUCACUCACUUCCAAGCUAAAACAAAGCUUUCCUUUGAUUAUACCCACAGGCGAAAUUGUUGCAAGUUGACGAUUCUAUAGAUUUUUUAAUCGUCACGAUGGAGUGAGUUUGAUUAAAAAUAAAUUUCGCUUGCCAAA